CCUGGCUGAGAGGCAACUCUCUGCUCCAUCACUGGUUUUUGGGAAGGCUUUGGGAAUACCAUGGUCUCCGAUCAGGGAGGAGGCCUCAUGUGGGGUGUCUGUGGACCAGAGUCCGUUUGUGCUCGGAAUCAGCAGUGAGAACGGAGAGCUGCUGUUGGACGAAUGGGUCCAGGUCACAGAGGGUACAAAGAUCAGAGACAGACACCUCUUCCUCUUCAGCGACAUCAUCGUCUUCGCUAAACUCAAAUCGAGUGCCAGCUACUGGCUGAAGCACAGAGUGCGCCUGGCGGACAUCUGGCUCUGCGGCGUCCACGACGAAACGUUAGGAGAAGACGACGGGGCCACGGGGGACGCUGACCUCAGAGUGACCCUGGUGUUAGCCUGGGCCCUCAAUUUCUGCUUGCUGUGUUUUCGCUCGCCUGAGGUGAAAGAACGCUGGUUAGAUACUCUUCACAGGAAGAUUAAAAGUGCAAAAACGAGGGUCGGUUGUGCUUCUUCACCGCCAAGCGUCCUCAUGAAGGUGUUGAGCGGCAACACGACUAAAACUCUAACCGGAGGUGGCAUGGAACCUUUCAUCGAGUUUACGCCGGAUGGUGAUGCAAAAAUCUCUGCUCUGUCAAAGCCACUGCAUAAUGGAGAAGACAAGCUGACGCACUGCUCUGAAACCAGCAAGUGGAACCUGGUGAGGAGGCUGAGAAGAUCCUCUGGCCUCACCAAUCACAGAUGUCAGUCAGAUCCUGACACCAAGCUGUUCGGGCAGCCGCUCUUAAAGAUAUGUGCACACGACGGCUCGCUCCCUAAACCCAUCACGGAGAUGCUUCAGUUGCUGUGGAAGAAGGGUCCGUCCACAGAGGGAGUGUUUCGGAAGCUGUGCAACAUUAAGAACAUGAAGGACAUCAGGGACAAGCUCAACAACGGCCUGGAUGUAGACAUGGACGAGCAGCCUGUCGUUUUGCUCGUGGGGUUACUCAAAAGUUUCCUGAAGGAGCUUCCGGGCAGCCUGCUGGUGUCUGAUCUUUAUGACAGCUGGAUGAAGGCACUGGACAGUGAAGAUGAAAUGCAGAGAGCUCUGGAAAUCAAAAGGGUCGUAGACUUGCUCCCAGUUCCCAACAGACUCCUCCUGCAACACCUCGUGUGCAUCCUCCACCGCAUCCAUGAGCACGCGGAUACCAACAAGAUGGAUGCGAAAAACCUGGCGGUGUGCAUCGCGCCCACGCUGCUGCAGCUGGACAGCACCUAUCUGGAAGAGCAGCGUGAAAACCCGACGGAGCUGAUCUCGCUAACACAGUUCCUCAUUGAACAUUUUGAGACGCUUGGAGAGAAUAUCGGAAACCUUCUGGAUCCUGAUGACGAUAACGCAGACUACCUGUCCUCUCAUUACCACGACUCUGCGUACGACAGCACCGAUCCAGAUGGAGAUGGAGAACCAGGAGAGUGUUUGCACGGGGUGUGUGGCUCCUCGUCAUCCCUCUGUCCCAGCUCAGCCUCGCAAUCGUGGACCUCUGACGCCAUCUUUCACACGUCAACCAAGCUGCCGUUCAACCGACGCUGCUCUGAGCCUAUCAUUCUGCUGUCAGCUGAUGUCACAAACCUGUGCAGCCACGCCAGGAGCCAUGACGACUGCUCCGUGAAGAGGAAGGACUUUGAGGAUCAGCCUCUGAAAAAGCAGGUCUCAGAUGACUCCUUCUUGCUGAAGAGACGAGUCGGAUCCAGGUCGGCCUUGUCUUUCCCAAAACUCUACAGCAACUCCAACAUGGAAUCGUUGUAUACGUUGGGUAAUGGUGCUAAGGACUGCUCCUGCUCUUCGCUGGAGAGCUCCACCUCCAACCAGUCUGAAGGAUCGGUCUUCACAAGUUCUCCAGUGGGGUCUCCAGCUUGUCCCAGAAGAGCAAACUCCAGCAACCACUCCACGAGGGUGCAACAGGAGGUUGCUAAACCCAAUCCAGAUGAAAAGCGGCGCUCCCAGUCUAUGAGGAUUGUGGGUAAUCUCCCAGUGAGGAGCAGGAGCUUAGGGGCCUUCACGAGAAGAAAAAAGCUGGACUCUCAGAAAGAAAACUCCUUCCCUUGUGAAACACUCCAGGAGGACUCUCAAAGCGAAGCAGAGGUGCCAACGGAACAUCCGCACAAGCCACGCCCUCUGUCAGCCAUUGAAGUGUUUAAGCACGUUGACAGCAAACUGCCUUGUCGGCCGCCACCUUACAAACAGGCGCUUCAGAAUGCAGGUCUUCCCCCACAAUACAGAUCGAUGACGGUUCACGAUGUUAUCCAGCUGGAAAGAAGGUCCCACCCCUCCUCUGUAAACUAUGACUCAUCACCUCCCCACCCCGCCAAUCAAUACGCUAACUGCUUUUCGCAAGUGGCUCAGGACGAAGACCGACUUGUUGAGCGCCGGCGGCCUUUCCGGCAGAGAGCUAUGUCCGAGUCUGUGUCCACAACCUGCCACGAAGGCAUUUCACGGAGAUUUAGCCAGCCUGUGUUUGAGGAAUUUUCCUACGCUAAGGAGUCUUACGUUUGAUUGGACUUCUAGUUGGACAAACAUUUCUUGAAACUGCCACAAAAUGGUUAAAUACCAGCGCGCAAUUUGUGUUUCAAACGGCAACGAAAGCUUAAUUGCAGCUCCUUUCUAUUUAAAGCGACAGGCGUAUAAAAACAGGACCUUUGUUGGAAACCUGAAAAUACAUUUAUUAUUUUAUUCCUUUCAGUUCUGUGUCUUGACAGCUGGUUAACUUGUGAAAAUAUAUAAAAUAUGAAAAGAAAAAAAAAUCCAUCCUGUUAAUGUUUCACUUUGAAUGUGUCACCACA